CUAAAACAAAACAUUAGGGAUAGUAUCCAUCUUGAAUAUUAACUUCCUUCGAACCAGUAGUUUUUAUUGUUUACAGUCAACAUAACCUACAAUUGCACUUGAGAAUGCUUCAAUUGGUCUUGCUUUGUCGGUAUUUGCAGGUGAAACAACUGUGUUUGGAGCUUCUCGAAAGCAACCAAAAAUCAUUGUUAUUGGUGCUGGACUAAGUGGCAUGGCAGCAGCAACAAAAUUGAUGGACAAUGGAUUCAAUAAUGUCAUUAUUGUGGAAGCUGAAGAUCGAAUUGGUGGACGUGUCCAUAGUGUAAAUUUUAGUAAUGGUGUUAUAGACUUGGGAGCUCAAUGGGUUCAUGGUGUCAAAAAUAAUACUAUUUAUGAAAUCAAUAAUGGAACCUACAAAUUUGGUGUAACCGGAUUUGAUGAUAAGCUGCCACUGUUCCUUCAAUCUGAUGCUAUUCCUGUUAAUCAAUACAAAUGUGAAAAUUUCGCUUUUUUGGCACUUGAAAAUUUAUUUUCAAAUUAUAAGGAAAUGUCCAAAUUUAAUGGCAGUAUUGGUGAAUUUCUAAUUAUGAAGUUCAAAAACAGCAGCUACUACAAUAUACCCGAAGAUCAAGAACUUGGUGAUCAAAUGAUUGAUUUUUAUCACAAAGAAAUGAACAUUUGGAAUGGAUCAGAAACUUGGUUUGACUUAUCAGCACAGCUGCAUUGUGUGUCUGGCUUCAACGAAGGAUUACAAUAUUUAACGUGGAAACGUGAUGGAUAUAUUGAAUUCUUCAAAUAUCUUACAAAACAAAUCCCAACGGAUGGAACCAAUAAAACUCUCGACGUGUUCAGCAAAGUCAUCCUAAACCAAGAAGUCACCAACAUUGCAUGGAACAAUUCUGAUUCAAACUAUGCAGUUGUGACAGUAAAAGAUCAAACAAAGUAUUAUGCUGAUCAUGUGAUUGUGACGAUUCCAUUAGGCGUGUUGAAAGCUCGUCAUGAAAGUUUAUUUACUCCAACUCUUCCAGAUAAACUUAAGUACGCAAUUGACGGCAUGGGUUUUGGAAAUAUUGGAAAGAUAUUUCUCGAGUAUGACAUGCCAUUUUGGCCUAACGAUACUGAGUGGGUUGGAUAUGGAUUCUUAUGGACGAAAAAUGAUGUCGCUGCUAUUAAUGGAACUGUUAAGGAAUGGCUUUUGGAUCUACAAAUGUUUACAAAAUUGGAUAAAUUUCCGAAUGUGAUUGAAGCACUGCUAGCUGGACCUCACAUGAGAACUUUUGAAACUUUAAGCUCAGAAGUAAUAAUAAGCGACUGCGUUUGGCUCUUUCAGAAGUUCUUAGGUGUUGUUCUACCUCGUCCAAAAGCAGUGAUUAAAACCACUUGGCUGACGAGCAAAAAUUUCCUUGGAUCUUAUUCCUAUUAUUCAAUGAAAACUGCUGAAUAUAAUGUGUCAACAGAUGAUUUAGCAGAAACACUGUUCGAUACAACAAAUAAGCCGCGAGUACUAUUCGCUGGCGAACAUACAGAUCAUUUGUAUUCAUCAAAUGCACAUGGAGCUGUUAACAGCGGCUUUAGAGCAGCGAAUGAAAUUAUCGAUUAUUAUUCGUGAUUCAAUUAAAUUAUUUACUGUUAAUUAAAUUAUAUUAGAUGUUGUAUUAUGC